GACCUAAUAGGUGCACGAAGAAGCUACUGUAAGGCCGAGGAUAUCCAAGUCAAUCUGAACACCGUCCCAAAUCCCAGCGGCACCACCUAAAAUGCUUUCAACAACCCCCAGAGCCUUUUUUAUAAUACUAGAUGUCGCCGCUCAUAAUCUACCCUUCAAGCUUCAGACUCAGGCGGCUCACUUGAGAACCAAGUCCCGUUAUGCCGCGCGACAACUAUCGACUUUGGUGGAAAUGAAACCGAGGGUUUUGAGCAAGCAGUCACUCCGACCGGCGUCGCCGAGACAGCUGCUGCGUAUGGAAAACAAGAUGCAGGGAUGCAAACGUUAUCUCAUUAGUGGAAAAUCCAAAGCCGUUGAUGCGGCCGCCGCCACAUCCACUCAUGAAACAUCCCCGGAAACACCGUUAACGAAGUCUGAUAAGGAAAAGAGCUUAACAGACCUCUAUGAAUCACCUUACACCAUCCCGAACGCUCUCACAUUAGCUCGAUUACUCGCGUGUCCGGUCCUUGGCUACAUGAUCGUGCAAGGUGACUAUGCAUGGGCGACGAGUAUCCUGUUUGCCAGUGGUGUAACGGACUGGUUGGACGGUUGGCUUGCGAGACGAUACAAUAGUUUCUCCGUUUUGGGAUCCAUUUUAGAUCCAGCCGCCGAUAAGGCGCUGAUGACGACGUUGGUCGGUACACUGGCAUGGGCCGGACUUCUUCCCGUACCUCUUGCAAUCCUAAUCGUUGGGCGAGAUGUUGCACUCUCAAUAUCUGCUUUUUACUUCCGAUUCAUUUCUCUUCCGAAGCCUCGAACGUUGCGGCGGUACUUUGACUUCUCGAUACCGUCGGCUCAAGUAACCCCGACAAAAAUCAGCAAGAUAAAUACUUUGCUUCAGCUUAUGCUUAUGGGAAUGACCACAAUUUCUCCUCUUCUCUCCAUUUCUCUUGCUUUACCGCUGCAAGCGCUUCAAUGGACCGUGGCUGGAACAACGAUUUGGAGCGGGUUGAGUUACAUUGGAAGAUCUGGUGUCAAAAUUCUGAAGCAACCAGCCAAGGGUGUUUAGGUGAUGAUAUCUAUUAUCAGGCAUGCAUCAUGUAUGGCAUCAUUGCAGUACUCUUUCUUUGUA